AUGUCCCAUUUUUUGCCCAACUUCAUCAGUUUUGGCUGCAAAAGCGAAAAAUACCUGUCAGAAGGUAUGACUGCCAUGCUGGGGGAAUGUUGUUAUCAUAUCGUAUAUUCUAUCAUGCCAGUGCAUGUUUACCUUCAAUGUCCUGUUUAUAUCAUUCACUACAACUGUUGUAGUGAGAAUCUGUCAUUUCUGUCGAUCUGGUACAAGCUUCCUGCUUCCGUCAAGAACAUCACUAUAUUUUGUGGUCUUGCUGACAUAAUAGGAGUAGAUUUUUUCUACAAACCAAGGAUGGAUCGUAUCCAACUGAAACACCCAGUGCCAUGGGUGUCUUGGGAAGAUGCGAAGGAAGAUUGUGGUGGACUGUCCCCGAAAUGGUCGGCUGGUGAAGAAGGUGGAUCAUUGAUUGAGCUGAGGGGGGGGUACAUCUGUACACCUUUUUCGUCGAAGCAAGCAAGCUCUGUUCCUGCGACAAUUUGGCAUGGAUGGAGUUUCACUCUCGCGGUUGUGAUACUCUUUUCUAUGGUCCAACACAACUGGGAUCUCGCCGAAAUGGGUUGGGCAGUUUUCUCCUUGGAAUGUGCCACAGUGAACACUGGUGUCAGAAUUGGUGUUGGUGUAGCCUAUAGGUGGUGCAAGACUGCGGCGGUUUGCAUGGGGAGUUGA